AACAGCUGAUGCUGUUAAUAAACGAAGUUCUUAAUUGGUCAGUCAUAUUCUUAUACCCAAAGAAAGGACAAGUGCUAGCUAUUAAAAUUGGCGUAUGGACACUGUAAUGAAUUCCAAAUUUCCUGAAGUAAUUUUAGUUUCUGUGUUAAAAUUCAAUCUUUCUGAAUACGGAAGUAACACGUCAACUGCUAGUACCAGUAGUACUACAUUGUUAGCUGAGCCUGUGGAAAGUAAUACUAGUAUUAGUAAUGAUUCAUCUAUGGGACUUGGGCUGGUUCUUGGUUUGCGUGACCAAUCAAGCUUACAGGCAGAUCCUGUAGGCCUAUCUAAAAUUCACUGUACUCAUGGAGCACUGACCGAUUCCUUCGGAUGGUUUGUUCAAGGAAUACUGGCUGGACUAGCCUUUACGUGUCUUAUAUUAAAAAGAUUUUGUGAGCCCACUAAACAAAGACGACCUUGGAUUAUUUGGUUUUAUGACACUUCAAAACAAGGUCUUGGAGCUCUAGUCAUUCAUUUUGCAAAUGUAUUUCUGGCAGAGUUUUUCCAUGGAGAUCCGUGCACUUGGUACAUAGUUAGCUUUCUCUUGGAUUCUUCCGUUGGACUGUUCAUCAUAUAUGUUGGAAUACGACUUACUCAGUACUUUGCUCGAAAGAAUUCUUGUAAUAAAAUAGUUUUUGGGGAGUAUGGUAUACCUCCACAGAUUAAUGCCUGGCUUGCUCAGUGUGGCAUGUAUGUUGUGAUAGUUUUAGUGGAGAAACUACUCAUCACUUUGCUCAUACAACUUCACUUUUGGGAAAGCGUUAGGGAAUUCAUUAUGUCACCAAUAAGAAACCCGAAGGUUGAAGUUGCUAUUGUGGUGUUGAUAAUACCGUUUAUAGUUAACGUCAUCAUGUUCUGGGUGACCGAUAACUUCUUAAUGCACAAACAUGGACGAUGGAAGACCGAAGAAAACCCUACCACAAAGUUGAAGGUCCACUACCAACCAAUGGAUAACCAGGAAAAUUCUGAAGUUGAAAUUCUUUUAUCAGACGAGGAUAAUGAGGGAUCAGAUGAUGCUGGAUGUCAUCACCAUCAUCGCAAGUCCAUAUCAAUUGUUUGAGUUUAUAUCCGAUGUUAUCUAAUCAGAGUGAAGAAGCAGCAAUAGAAUUAUUCUGUAACUUCUUUUUUUCGUUGGUAUUCAGUUAUUUUGGUUAAAUGGUUUUUUAACCAAAGUAUCGAAGAUUUCUAGGAUAUGAACAACUUGUUAAUAAAUCGUAUAUGUACUUUUACAACGCUUAAAUGUUUUUAUAAAUUAUUAACUUAAACUUUGUUGUGUUUGUUUUGUUUUUUUACAAUUUUUGGGCACUUUUUUAAAUAUGUUCUGUCAUUCUAAAUUCUUAGUUGCUUGAAUGAGCAUACAUGACCAGUUAGUUUGUUGGUGGACACGUAAAACAAAUGUAAUAUCAGAAAGAGUUAAUUUACUUCUUUGAUGAAUUACAGUGUAUGAACCACAAGUAAAACUUUUUCUGUUUAAUUUACUAAUUAUUUUUGUGGAGUAAAUCGCACAAACAGUGGAAAAUAUUCAGUUUGUUGAGCAAUGAAAGCUACUUUAAUGUACUAUGGAGCUCUUAUUACAAACUUAAAUUAAAGGGAUGAGUUAGUUCAGUUUGUUGAGCAGUGAAAGCUACUUUAGUGUACUAUGGAGCUCUUAUUACAAACUUAAAUUAAAGGGAUGAGUUAGUUCAGUUUGUUGAGCAGUGAAAGCUACUUUAGUGUGCUAUGGAGCUCUUAUUACAAACUUAAAUUAAAGGGAUGAGUUAGUUCAGUUUGAGAGGAUGUAACAGGUAUGGUGAUUAACAAUUAUUAGUGAUUAUAAGUCAAAUUAUUGAUCACAUAAAUAAACUGGUAUUUGAAUUCAUCUGUUUUAGAGGCACGUUGUUUAAAAAAUCUUUUUUUGUUUUACUUUGAAUUAUAUAGCAUUUAGUAAAACAAACAACCAGCUACAUUGUUUUGAAAUUGCGAAAAGGAUGAAACUAGCUGUAUAAAAGAUAAAAUAUGACCAUUAUUCUUUUAAAAGGAUCAUUAUCCGGUCCCAAUAAACGUAUUUUGUACUAUUUAAA